AUGUCUUCCGGCGGUAUGCUAGCUGGAGCCGACCGACCUACGGGUCCUUCGGGUUCGCUGUCUUCGGGGCACACGGGGGUGGCAGCAAGCCCUCUACAGCCAACAUUCCGCGGUUACAUCGCAAGUACUAUGGAUGCUCUUAUACUAUUCGAAGCAUGCUUAAGCGGUCACCUCUUCCACGUACCGAGACGGCCCCACGACAGAGAACGAGCAGGCCUCAUCGUCAGCGGCAACGUGUUCAUCUACGAAGAGCAUUCUUCGGGAAUAAAGCGCUGGACAGAUGGCGUACCUUGGAGUCCCAGUCGCAUACUGGGAAACUUCCUUUUGUAUCGAGAGCUCGAUAAACCUUUCCAACCCGGCGAGAAAAAGAGAGCUAUGAAACGAUCUAAGCCGAACGAGGGUGUAUCGAAGCCUGCUACCAAUUCGCGGUCUAACUCUGUCAGCAAUGGCAUGAGUAACUCAUUGAAUGUCGGCGCGCCUAUGUCGAACUUCGACAACAUGGCAAAUAGCCGUAAUGACGCCGAAAGAGCUCUUGUCGGAUCCCUCAUCGAUUCGUACCAAUUUAAACAGGAUGGGUUGGUAAAGAAGACUAUCAGUGUUACCUACCAAGGCAUCCAGCACCACAUGGUCUCGUAUUAUAGCAUUGAUGAUAUUAUCAGUCAUAAGCUAAUUACUCCAGCCCAUGAUCCCAGUCUACGGGGCAUCACCCCUCGUGGGCCUCUGAUUUCAUCGGGUAGCUUCAGGGCUCCAGUCGACGACCAGGAAAUAUUGAUGACAGAGCCGCACUUUAGACACGCCAUGAUAAGCCACCCGUUUCCUUACAUGAACAGCGCGAGUGCACGAUCGAUGUCGAUGCCGACAAUGCCAUCCUUCACACAGCCAACUUGGGGAACAGAUCAAUACGUCUCCACCUAUACCAUGGCUCCAACGAUGGCCCCAACCUUGCCGCCACCUGUUAACUACGCCCCACCCGUGACAUCGACUUAUAAUUACGAGUCGAGCAGUAUUCCUUACGGUAUGACUCCACGAUCAUCCGUGGGAUUUCCUCAUUCUGGUUCCCUGGCAGCUCGUCGACAUUCCAAUGUGCAAGGAGCAAACGGAAUCAGCCACUUAGAUUAUAACGGUCUCGGCUCUAUUGACAGGGCUCCAAUGGGCUCAAGCCAGUACCUCGGGAAUGGUUCCAGCCUUGCAAACCACGGAAUGACUAGUCAGUCAUCCUACUCUAAUGGAGCCAUGUUUGAAUCAUCGGCAGCGGCGGCGGCGGCUGCUGCAGCUGCAGCUACUCCUUCUUCGAACCACCACCGCGAAUCCUAUGAUCACAAUGGAACAAGCCAGAGCAAUGAAAUGUACACCACCGAGCCCUCUGGACGUCACUCGGCUGGGUUCGUCAACCAACUCGACAAUGGGUUUGAUUCCCGGGGUACUCACCAGGCACCUGCCGACUUCAGUGCCUCUCUAUCCGAUCAUACCGCCCACAAUGUCUCAUCUAGUCAGGAGACUACGCCCCCAGCCAUGCCACUGGGCCUCGAUAGCACCGAGUCUCCAUCGAACAUGGUAGCGGAGCAGGGAUGGGCAAGUGGCUUCAUGGGCAACGAUAACUUCUCACAGAUUCCUAAGUCGGAAGUUGGUGGCUUACAGAAUGUGCUACAGAACAUGUCCAUGGACGAGUUGAACAACCACAAGCAAACACGAAUGUAAUUCCAAAGCCCGGCGAAUACAUAGAAUGUUCUUCACGCGUCUAUCAUUCUAUUCUGAAAAUUUGUCUGCUUGGUGUUCCGGCAAGGCGUUAUGGUACAGUCUGGUUUUUUACAAGACACUCUUAAACAAGUCUUGGAGGGGACGUAAGUACUCCUGACUGUGGAAUCUGGAAGAUGGGGAAGAUGGGCAAAAAGAAAAGGUUUAUUUCGAGUUGGCGUUGGCGUUGGCGUUUAAUGAGGCUAGACAAUGAUGGGUUUUCGAUACCUCGGGUUUCUUCCCCUUCGUCCAGUAUCGGUCAUGGAAGAUCGCAUUACUGGCAGGGGGAAAUUAAGUAUUUGAUGAUGAGAUUGCUCUUUCGACUCAUCUUUCUCAUGUUAUUUCUUUUGUCAGGCGUUAAUCGUGGUUAUCUAUUCGAUGCUGUCGGGACUCAUUAGACGUCAAGUGGAUGAACGUCAAAGGUUCCUUUUCAUUGCGCCGAU